AUGAUGGUAGAAGCACAUCAUCAUCAUCAUCUUCGCCUAUUUCUUCUUUUUCUUCCUUCAAGUUUCUGUUCUCUCGCUUACAUGAAGAAUAAAAAAGCAUCAAGUUUAUUGUCAAGUACUUCAUUAACAGCAUCAGCAGCACAACAUUGUCGCUGCUAUUCUUAUUUAUCUUCACCGCCUUAUUCGGUGCUGAUUUUUUCAGCUGCCGACAUCCUUUUCCGGCUCAUAGAGGCUUUUGUCGGUCAAGUCGAAGAAGUGCAAAAGAAUUGUUUCCGUAAAAUUAUGAGCACACGCCAAUCAAAUCAAGAAAACUCAUCAAUAUUCGACAGUAACCGAUCACGCCGCCAACAACCAACACCUUCAAAUAUACCUUCAAAUCAACAACAAGAACCACUAAAUUCUUCUCCAUCUCAUAGUGAUCAAGCCUCAAAAGCCUGUUGUUUUUGUUGGUGUUGCUGUUGCUCCUGUUCGUGGUAUGUAAAUUAUAAAUUUUGUUAG